UUUAUUUUUUUCCAAGUACGAGUAAUCAGACGAAACCAUGAAGAAAGCCAUUACGAGUGCUACGCACAAUAAUCGGAAUGUUUUUCUAACCAAAACUACCGAAUUCGACCAACAAAAUGUGCAGGAUACCUCGUAUUUGCCACUCGGACACCGCCAGUAUGGCUUCAUUAAGGCCAACAAGACGAGCACACCGUUCCCCUCAACCCACUCGCUGGACCCAAGCCUGCUGGACAACAAGCUGAAGAACAUUCAUGAGAAACCCAAACAAUAUAAUACCAUUUCCGAUUCGGAAACAUCAUCUAUUAUUUCGGACAUCGUUGAACAGCAAGAAUGGGCCAAUUCAAAUGAUGCUAUUUCUGAGAAGGAGUUACCCUUUGAGCUGAAGAGGAAACUCUUUGAUGAAGCCGAGUUCACUGUGACACGGGGCCUGAAGCUGAGCGAUCUGCACCAUCCUGAAAUAGAUGUCUCCAAUAUGCCGAGGUCCUUUAACCACGAUGCGAAGAAGCUUUCGUUCAAGGAAAUGGAGGCCUUCUGCCGCCACAUGAACUUUAAGAUAACCAAAGGCUUUGAUGCGGCCUUCCAUUAAAACAUAAUUCUGUUUUGUUUAGUCUACUUUUUGCAUAAAUAAUGGCCCAA